AACAGUGUCCAAUAAUCCAGUAAAAACAAACACCGAGCAACGCAGGCAUCUGACAGCAAAUAUCAGAGCAUUUUUAAUCUGGUAUUUUAAAAUUUCACCGGAAUAUUCUGAUUUUAGCCCACUUCAGAUGGAUUCUUCCGUCUACUUUGACUGACAGAAGUGCGUUCCCAGCAUCUGUGGUCCAGACUUCCUGUCUGCUGCCUCCUAAAAAGCUUGGACAUGCUGCGAGAGAGCUCCAAGGCGUGGAGCAAUGGCUCUGAGGCCUACAGCAGUGACCCUGAGGAGGAUGAGGAGGAGGAAGAGGAGAUGGUGUUUGGAGAGGCCGACCAGGAAAGCAUGGCGGAGGAGAUGAUGGAUCUGAGUGACCUCCCCACUGCGCUUUUUGCAUGCAGCGUCCAUGAAGCUGUGUUUGAAGAGGACAUUCACAGGGAGAGGUUCGAGGCAUUGUUUAGGAUCUACGAUGAACAGACGACUUUCCAGAUGUUCAAAAGCUUCCGGAGAGUCCGGAUCAACUUCAGCACCCCGGAGGCCGCCGCCCGCGCUCGCAUCGAGCUGCACGAAUCCGAGUUCAAUGGCAAGAAGCUGAAACUGUACUUCGCCCAGAUCCAAAAUGGUGACGAAGACAUCGACAAGUCCUACCUGGCCCCUCCUCAGCCUGUCAAACAGUUCCUGAUCUCACCCCCUGCGUCACCACCUGUGGGCUGGAGCCAGAGCGAAGAUGCUACGCCCGUCAUCAACUAUGACCUGCUGUGUGCAGUCGCCAAGCUGGGACCUGGUGAAAAGUACGAGCUCCACGCUGGCACAGAGUCCACCCCCAGCGUGGUUGUCCACGUGUGCGAGAGCGAGACGGAGGAGGACGAGGCGGCGCGGCCAAAGCAGCAGAUUGUCCAGACCAGGCGUCCCGACGGACCCCCGAAAGUCUUCAACUAGAGAGGCCUCCCCACGACGCCGGCGCGGCCCCCGACCGCCCCUUGAAAAAACCCGCGACACACCUGCCCUCUCUCUCUCGUCUCUGCACUCACAGAGAGCGUCGACGCCCCUCAUUUCAGUUCAACUACAAGCAAAAACAAAAACCAACAAACAUUGCUCGGUGUUUGUGGGGAGCGUGGCGAUGGAAUGAGGCGGCUUGAAGGGGAUGGAUGAGAAUCACACACACACUCAUCACAUUCUGCGGACAGCGUGGGGGAGCGGCGGCCAUGUUUGCCUCCAACCCCACCAACCUCUCUUUUCAGUAAGAGGGGUCGGGAAAAUACCUGUCCCAACGCAGGCACCUGUCACUUUUCACACUCGGCUCUCAUGCUAGUCCGUAGCUCGCUAGUUUAAUUAGGUGUUAGCUUACCUCUCCUUUUGUCUCAUUGUUUGUACCAUUCUUUAACGGAGGUCCACGCCACACCUCCAAAGACAUUUUCUUCUUCUUUUUUUUUUUUUUUACAGUAAAUCGUUCUCAGACUGCAUUGAUGUGUGUUUUUCAGUUAUUUUUUCAUAUCUGCCGGUUUGUUGCUUCAGCUUGCAUCAAGAUUGAGUGUGUGAUGUUUCCGCUCUUGUCUGCAUGUAUAUACUGUAUAACAAAAAAUACUUACAGAAACACAAAUACUAACAAGAUAUAUCAAGAAAAAAGGAACUUAUUUAACAUCACACACAGCACGAAGCGCCAUAUGUGACUAACAAAGUUGUGGUGGUUGUUUGACUCUUAUUUCUGCUUGUUUUUUGCUCUUUUUUUAUUGGAGAGGUGUUGUUUUUUUCGCUGAACUACUUCGAUGUGUAUUCUUACUACGUAUUUGAUACCCAAAUACUUUCUGCAUGCUUAGUUACUUCUGUAGAUGAAGAGCUGAGGUGUUUUUUUUAUUGUUUGUGUCAAGGAAGACGCUUUUGUCUGAUCCCAGCGGAGUGACAUGAUGUCUGAGGGGGGAAAAGUUGCUUUUUUUCAAAGACUGACAGUGUCGUAUUCAACUGGAUGGAAAACCAUCCCCGUUUUUCUAUAAGGGGUUUGAAAGGCUGUUGUAUUUCACAUUUUGUUUGUCUUAUGUUUAACGAAGCCCACCUUCUGUGUCAGAAACCUUUCACAUGUUGUUUUGCACUGAGUAUCUCCAUCUGAAAAUUGCGCUGCUUCUCGCUGUAAAUAGCCUGGCGGUAGAUUUGUGGAAAUAGUCCAUUUAGAUUUUGUAGUUCUAGCUUGAAGCAUUCGCUGAAAAGGGAAAAUUAGAUGAGAUACCAACCAAAGCAUUCAUUUUUCUUCAGCAGAAAUAAACCAUUUCUCAUUGCAAAUGCAGUGCUUUUCUUUUUAUAUUUGCACUAACACUUUUAUUGGUUUCUAAAACUCCAACAAAUCUCCUUAAAUAUUUCUUCUUUAGCUUGCUUAAUCCUCCCUUAAGUCCCGUAUCGCAUCAGUGUUUCCCCUCCUCUUUUUACUUUGAAAGCAUAUUUCCCUUACAGGGCUUUUUGAGAGUUUGUCAUAAGGCAGCAUGAAAUCUAACACGGCUUUUUUUCCAGUUCUAGUGAGCAAAAGAGAAGUCUGUCUGCAUGUGAGCACUUUAUUGUAACUUUAGAAAAAGUAGGAAGCACAUUUCAUCUCUUGUGUUUUUUCUUCACUCUUAAGCCGAUCACCUGGUUAGCCUUUUCACCAGCAUAUUUGCAGUGAGAGAAAUGCUCCACUUCCUUUUUGCUUGAGUGAACUAUCUGGAGAGUUUAAGGCCUUUUUUGGAUCUAGCGUAGUGCUGUAAAUGUAUAGACAGCGCUGUGAAGCGGUUUGAAUGAGGCAGGGUGACACUACAGAACAAAAUCAGUGUCUUUGCUUUUGUGUUUUGUGCAGAAACUCUGAGAAGUUAGUUCUUUGUUGAGCUGUCGAGGUUAUGUAAGCAGACAGCAGGCUGGAGGAACGACGUUGAAGCAGCAGGAGGACGACACUGGUGAAGAUUUUUGUACUCUCUGUGGUCAUGGUGUUUCUGACUGGGUGGUCACAGUGGAAAUGAAAAUGUAUAUUUCUGUACAUAUGCCAAGUGUUUUUGUUUUUUUUUUUUGUUGCUGAGGCCAGUCCCAGUGUGCAGUUUGUUACAGCUUCUCUUGGCAAUGUUGUAAUGGAUUUAAAAAAAAAAAAAACAUUUAUUAAUAAGUCCUGAAGAUGCUCGAUCAAAAACCAACUGUCAUUGUGUUGUGUUCAACAUGGACUCUGUUUGAAUGUUUCUUUUCUUUCUGGAGAAACUAAAAAGGUCAAUUAUGCCGUUUGUCACUGUUGUACUGUUUCUGUUCAAGUAUGAAUAUUGUGUCUCGUAUUGUAGAAAAUUCCAGAAAACAAAGUAGCAAGACAAGCAAUAAUUUACAGUUCUAUGAUACCGGUAUGUGUAUUUUCAUGUUCUGUAUACUUCUUUCUCAGAGAUGGUCUCUGUCUCGAACCGUAUCCGCUUCUAUUUGUGUAGUAAAAUAGCAAUUUGUUUCACAUAGAGAAAUACAU